GAGAUUAGGCUUUUUAUUGUUUUUUUCUCUGCAUGUCGAAUCCUUUUUCCUGCCGCUGGGCAGGAACACUUGAUAAGCGAUCAGAAAUAUGCAAAAGUUCAUGCGUUUGUAGCCAAUGGGAUCGUGUUGAUAAAACUUCAUGAGGUGAUUGGUGGCUCGAAGGCCAACAGGACAGUGGGAAGAGAUUUAAAAAGGCACCAGCUACACCAUGAGGUCAGUCAUUAGCAAAGAUGGGUGGUGUAACAUGUCUUCUCCUUUUGCUGUGGGCCGGUGUCACAGUGAGCACAGUGCUGGAUCUACAGAAGAGAAUCAUUGGAGGUCAACCAUGUGAGCGUCAGUACCACGUUAAACUGAGAGUUGCUGCCGGUAAAUCUUCCAAAUUGUGUGGUGGCUCUCUGAUCAGUGACCGGUGGAUUUUAACUGCAGCUCACUGUUGGAAGCCAGGAAAAGUGUUUGCAGAUGUAAGUGUGAAUCCAGGGGGUCCACCUCAAGAAAUGCAAAUCACAGCGGAACCUGUGAUCUUUACAGACAAAGACAAUGAGACAAACAGGAGGAGGUCUCAUGAUAUCAUGCUGCUGCAGCUACCUAGCCCCUCUAACGCUCCACCUGUAGCUCUUCCUGACUGUAACCUUUUUCCGGAGAUGUUUGAGAUUGCAGGUCACGCAGCCACUACUGGAGGCCCUAAUGAUGAAAGGAAACCCGGUGAAUCGCCUACUCUCCACUGUGCAGACAUUGAGGUUGUCAACUGUGCAGACCUCAAAAAUACUUUGCAGAUAGAUUUCCAAAAAGUUUACCAAGUCAAGGAGUAUCAACACUGGUUCUGUGGCCAAACAUCUAAAAUGGAUAUAUGUUAUGGAGAUUCUGGUGGAGGAGUGGUGUACAAAGACAAGAUUUAUGGCGUCAUUUCUUUUCUGGGGGAUCCUCACCGUGUGUGUAGGAAAGCCGCUGCAUUCAUGGACCUCUGCAAUCCAGAAUACGCCGCAUGGAUCACACAAAAUAUCACCUGAAAAAAGAGGUCUACAGAUGUGUUGAACUGUAAACACUCUUUCAAAAUAAAAGCUGAAUGAAA